ACCACGAUCAACAUAUCGCCUUCAACAACAAGAGGCGUUUCCACUUCGGCCUUGUCGACGGAAUAUUGAGUUCGAAACACACAACGAUCAUGGCGACCCAAGAAGAUCUGUCGACAUAUGUCACCUUGGUGUCCUCCGACAACUUUUCCUACGUGAUUCGCCGGUCCGCCGCCAACAUCAGCGAAGCCAUUCGGAGGAUGCUCGACCCAGCCAAUGGAUUUCGAGAAUCCCAGACCAACACAUGUCACUUCGAUAACAUCAAUGGAAUGGUCCUGGAGAAGGUCUGCGAAUAUCUCUACUACAACGAAAAGCACAAGGACGCCCGAGAUGUCCCGGAUAUGGAUAUUCCGCCGGAAUUGUGCUUGGAGUUGUUGAUGGCUGCGGACUAUCUCGGCGGUAUGGGAUGAUCGAAGGACACCUGCCUGAUAACAUAUGAUGCUGAUAGAUGAAUAGUGUGAGGGGUGCACGAUCGGC